UUCUGUUUCGUCAGUGAGUGUUGCUGGUGGUGAUGUAGAAUAUGUUCAUUUAUAUAUUAAAAGAAAAUUAAGUUCGGUGGGCUUUUUUUUGGUUUUAAAAGCUUAAUAAUAAACUAAGUAAUAAACUUGUGCGACUGCCUACACAAAAACACUAAAGUAUAAAUCUCAACAUUCACUAAAUGUAAUGGUUCCAUGAAUGCCAUUUGUGAAAAGUAAUAAAAUAAAUAAAAUAUUAAAACUCGGUGAUAACGAUGUUUGCAUAUAUACGCUGAGCAUAAAACAUUUAAUAUGUCGACAAUAAAAAUGCCGUAAAAUGAUAAUUUGUAAACUGACAACAAGUACAAGUGGAAGUUGACGCAUUUGAAAACAAGCUAUAUAUACAUUUACGUAGAUUGAUAAUGGAUCUAAAAUCCACUUGAUUGGAAGUAGCGAUACAAAACGAAGAGUGCGUAGCUCGUUUCACUUUUAUGAUAUUAAGGAAGUAGGCGAAAAGCACACGAUAACUUGCCAAGACCAAUCAUAUACUGAAUUAUUCAAAUUGAUCGCAGCUGUGGAGCGAUUUGCGAUUUUGGCAAUGAAUAUGUUACUAUAUAUGUUACUAUUGAUAAUAAGCCAUUCAAAUGCCAAUCCAUCAAAAAUGCAACAGAGUGAAUCGCUGCCAUCAGCCAUGGGCUUAAGAGUCGACAGGAUUGCAUUGGGACGAUCUGAUGCAGUCCUUAAAGCAAAUUUUACUGACAUGGCUGAGGCAGGAAAUAGUAAUUUAAGUACUAGCAGUAUAAUUACAAACGUCGCUCAAUUCGAUACAAUGCUAAAUCAUUUGCUGGUGGAUACAAUAACAGGACGUGUAUUUGUUGGUGGCGUUAAUCGAUUGUAUCAGUUAUCUCCAGACUUGGAACUACAUGAGACAGUAAAAACUGGGCCGCAAAAUGAUUCCGUUGAAUGUACUAUACUUGAUUGUCCUCUCAAUGCCAUACGCAAACCAACAAAUAACUAUAACAAAGUGUUGCUUAUCGAUCGAGCCACAUCACGUUUAAUUGCUUGCGGAUCCUUGUUUCAGGGCACUUGUACGGUGCGAAAUCUACAAAACGUCAGCAUCGUUGAGCAUGAAGUACCCGAUGCUGUUGUCGCCAACGAUGCGAAUUCAUCAACGGUAGCAUUUAUAGCGCCAGGACCACCGCAACACCCGGUGACAAAUGUUAUGUAUGUCGGCGUCACCUACACAAAUAAUUCACCAUAUCGUAGCGAGAUUCCAGCUGUAGCAUCACGCUCCUUGGAGAAGACAAAAAUGUUUCAAAUCGCUUCUUCAGCGGUCACAACAGGCACACGAACCUUCAUUAAUUCUUAUGCACGUGAAUCAUAUUUGGUGAAUUAUGUGUACGGAUUUAGCUCGGAGCGUUUUUCGUAUUUUCUCACCACACAAUUGAAGCACAGCCACCAUUCGUCCCCUAAAGAGUACAUCACAAAACUAGUUCGCAUUUGCCAGGAGGAUUCCAAUUAUUAUUCGUAUACUGAAAUUCCGGUAGAGUGCAUCAGCGACGCACAGGGCGGCACCAAAUUCAAUUUAGUUCAGGCAGGUUUCUUGGGUAAACCUAGUUCGGAUCUUGCGCAGAGUCUAGGCAUUUCCAUACAAGACGAUGUCCUGUUUGCUGUUUUCUCCAAAGGUGAUGGCAAUAAUCCUACAAACCACUCUGCUCUAUGCAUCUACUCACUAAAGUCUGUACGUCGCAAGUUUAUGCAAAAUAUCAAGUUCUGUUUUAAUGGCAAUGGCAUGCGAGGAUUGGAUUUUAUAUCUCCAAGCAUGCCUUGUGUUCUUACGAAACUGCAAACGAUCGGAGAGGAUUUUUGUGGUCUGGAUGUGAACUCACCACUCGGAGGCGAGCAACCGAUCACUGCCGUCCCAGUUGCUAUGUUCAACACAAGACUGACAUCUGUAGCUGCAACCAGCACCAGUGGUUAUACAGUGGUGUUUAUUGGAACCGCCGAUGGAUAUCUGAAAAAAGUUGUUAUUGAAUCCUCGACUAUUGCCAAUGAAUAUGCUAGUUUACCAGUCGAUUUGGGUUCAGCGAUCAAUAAGGAUAUGCAUUUUGAUAAUCAGAACUUAUACAUUUAUGCAAUGUCGGAACAGAAAGUGUCUAAAGUGAAGGUUUAUGAUUGCGCUGACUUUCGAACAUGUGGGGAAUGUCUUGGUGCAAGGGAUCCUUAUUGCGGUUGGUGUUCACUUGAAAAUAAAUGCAGUCCACGUUCUAAUUGCCAAGACGAUGCCAAUGAUCCAUUGUAUUGGGUUAGCUACAAAACAGGCAAAUGCACAACAAUCACAAGUGUGGUACCGCAUCAAUUACAGCGCACAACGGCACGUACAUUGGAGCUAAUAAUCGAUCACUUGCCGCAGUUAAAAGAAAAUUUAAUUUGUGCUUUCACAACCGAAGACAAAGCUCUAUUUACGAAUGCGACCAAGAAACGCAAUGGAGUCAAUUGUACAACACCGCGUACGGAUAUGUUGCCGCAAAUUGAGCAGGGUAAACAUCACUUUACCGCGAAACUUUCGGUCCGCACGAGAAAUGGGCCAGAUUUGGUCUCCACUGACUUCACAUUUUUCGAUUGUAGCACGCACUCGUCGUGUACACGUUGUGUCUCGUCGGAGUUCCCCUGUGAUUGGUGCGUUGAAGCACACCGCUGUACACACGAUACAGCUGAGAAUUGUCGUAACGAUAUCUUGGUGACUGGUAUUAGUCGCAUAGGGCCCAGUUAUCGUUCCGGUCCAGGGUUUUGUCCCACUAUUAAUGCUACCGGCGAUGGUAGCGAAGUACUUGUUGCCGCUGGCACAAGUAAAUCAAUCAAAGUGAAAGUGCAUAUCAUAGGACAAUUUAUUGUCCAAACACGAUUUGUGUGCCAGUUUAAUAUUGAGGGUCGCGUGACAAGCUUGAAUGCCCAAUUACUCGGCGAUACUAUAUACUGCGAUAGCAUGGAGUUUCAAUACACAUCGCGAUCACCAAAUCUCACAGCAACAUUUGCUGUGAUCUGGGGUGGAUCAAAGCCUUUAGAUAAUCCGCACAAUAUUCAUGUCGUGAUAUAUAGAUGUCGAGAUAUGGCGGACAGCUGUGGAAUAUGUUUGGCGCUGGAUGAGAAAUAUAACUGCGGCUGGUGCUCAUCGACUAAUACCUGCGAAGUGGUUGAGCAAUGCAAUAAAAAUAAUGAUGGCAAAACUGAUUGGCUGAAUCGCAGCGAAAUUUGUCCAAAUCCAGAAAUACAUUCAUUUGGUCCCAAAACUGGACCCUGGGAGGGUGGUACCAAUAUAACCAUCAAAGGCAUUAACUUGGGGAAAAAUUAUAAUGAUAUAUAUUCGGGAGUUCGUAUCGCUGGAAUUAAUUGUAUGCCAUUUCAACAGUUUUACAUUGACACAAAGCAAAUCGUUUGCACUGUUGAUAGUCCCGGUGAGCAAAUGUAUCGUAAUGGUCGCAUUGUUGUUCAAAUUGGUGAUUAUCGUGGAGAAUCCAAAGAAGAUUAUGAAUUUGUUGAUCCGAAAAUCUCGAAUUUUUAUCCACGCUUUGGUCCAACUUCAGGUGGAACACAGAUUCGAAUUAUAGGCAAACAUUUAAAUGCUGGAUCUCGCAUACAGGCUUUUAUCAAUGAUCAUUUACCAUGUAAGAUCAUCAGUACAGACACUUCACAAGCGAUUUGCCGUACUUCACCAUCACCGGGUAUCAUUGAGGGACGUCUUAAGAUGUCUUUCGACAAUGGUCCUCGCGAAUUUAACGAUUACAAUUUCAAAUAUGUACUGGAUCCAACAGUGGAACAAGUUAGUUCUGGCCCCAGUGGCCAAAUAAAAGUACCUAAGGGCAUACCAGCUGGCGGCAUUAGAAUUGCAGUGAUAGGUACACAAUUUACCAGUAUCCAAGAGCCAAGCAUUUAUGUGAUCUACAAAAAUCAAAUGUUUGCAAAUCAAUGCCGAGUGCAAUCCGAUACUGAAAUGGAAUGUCCUUCGCCAGCUAUUGAUAUGAAGGCAUCUGAUCAAAUUGUAGUUGAUCCUGAAAAUCCAAUCUUACUGGAAUACGGCUUUCUGAUGGACAAUGUACUGCGAGUGCAAAACUUGUCGCGAUUGCACAACAAUCACUUUGAACUAUAUCCAAAUCCUGAAUAUUUCACCUUCGAGGAACGCGUCAAAUAUUUUAAGAGCGAAUAUUUGACCAUUAAUGGCCGUAACUUAGAUCGGGCGUGCAAGGAGAGUGAUGUUGUUGUUCAAAUUGGUGAUGGAUAUUGCAAUAUUACAUCAUUGUCCCGACAGCAACUAACAUGCCGGCCACCAUCGGAAGCAGCUGCAACAAGAAACAGUCCAAGUGGUCCAGAAGUAAUUGUACGAAUCGGUUCUUCGUUAGAAUAUCGCAUUGGCAUUCUCAGUUACGAGACCUCAAACAUCAUUAUGGAUUGGGGUGAUAAUGUUGUGUUUGGCGUUAUUGCAGGCAGUGUAAUAUUUUUAUUGAUAUUUGUUGCUUUGCUUGUUGCCUACCGAAAGAAAACAUCAGAAUCAAAUCGAGUACUCCGCAAUAUGCAGGAACAAAUGGAUAUUUUAGAGCUGCGUGUAGCCGCUGAGUGUAAAGAAGCAUUUGCUGAGCUUCAAACUGAAAUGACGGACUUAACUGGUGAUCUAACGUCGGGCGGCAUACCAUUCUUAGAUUAUCGUUCGUAUGCCAUGAAGAUAUUAUUUCCUAAUCAUGAAGAUCAUAUUGUGCUACAAUGGGAAAGGCCCGAGCUUCUACGCAAAGAGAAGGGAUUGCGUCUAUUUGCUCAACUGAUUAUGAACAAAACAUUUCUUUUGUUAUUUAUACGCACCUUAGAGUCCAAUAGAUAUUUUUCAAUGCGUGAACGCGUUAAUGUGGCUUCAUUAAUUAUGGUUACUCUGCAAUCAAAACUCGAAUAUUGCACGGAUAUAUUGAAGACGUUAUUGGGCGAUUUAAUUGAGAAGUGCAUUGAAGGCAAAAGUCAUCCCAAGUUAUUGCUGCGACGCACAGAAAGCGUUGCCGAAAAAAUGCUCAGUGCUUGGUUUACUUUUCUCUUAUACAAGUUCUUAAAGGAGUGCGCUGGCGAACCUCUUUAUAUGUUAUUUCGAGCGGUCAAAGGUCAGGUAGAUAAGGGACCCGUCGAUGCAUGUACACAUGAGGCACGCUAUUCGUUAAGCGAGGAGAAAUUAAUUCGACAAUCCAUCGAUUUCCGUUCAAUGACUGUGAAUGCCAGCAUAAUACAACAACCAAUAUUUUGUAAUAAUCUGGACAUGUUGCCAUCGCACAUGGAAAACAUACCUGUGAAAGUACUGGAUUGCGAUACAAUUGGACAAGUAAAAGAGAAGUGCUUGGAAGCAAUUUACAAAAAUAUUCCAUCCAGUCAAAGGCCACGCAAAGAUGAUCUCGAUUUGGAAUGGAGGACUGGGGCGACUGGCCGUGUAAUUUUGUAUGAUGAGGAUGCAACAUCAAAAACGGAAAGCGAAUGGAAAAAAUUAAACACAUUGCAACAUUACAAUGUUCCAGAUGGAGCUGGACUUAGUUUAGUGCCAAAGCAAAGUUCAAUAUAUAAUUUUAGCAUUCUAUCUGAUAAACACGAAAAGUCUCACAAAUAUGAAACUCUGAACCUCUCAAAAUAUACGUCAUCGUCACCCACAUUCAGUCGGGCUGGAAGUCCUCUUAAUAAUGAUAUGCAAGACAAUGGAUUAAAGUAUUGGCAUUUAGUCAAGCAUCAUGACAGUGACAUUCAAAAAGAAGGUGAACGCGUCAAUAAAUUGGUUUCGGAAAUUUAUUUAACAAGACUGCUGGCAACGAAGGGAACCUUACAAAAGUUUGUCGAUGAUCUCUUUGAGACAAUAUUUAGUACAGCUCACAGGGGCUCGGCGUUACCGUUAGCAAUUAAAUAUAUGUUUGAUUUUUUGGACGAUCAAGCCCUAUUACAUGGCAUUACCGAUCCAGAAGUCGUGCACACUUGGAAAAGCAACAGUUUACCUUUACGGUUUUGGGUGAACUUGAUCAAAAAUCCCAAUUUUGUUUUCGAUAUACACAAAUCAAAUAUUGUGGAUUCGUGUCUAUCAGUUGUAGCUCAAACAUUUAUGGAUUCUUGUUCAACAUCGGAUCAUCGAUUGGGCAAGGAUUCGCCAAGCUCAAAGUUACUGUAUGCCAAAGAUAUACCUGAAUAUCGCAAGUGGGUGGAUCGAUAUUACAGAGAUAUUAGGGAUAUGUCAUCUAUAUCUGACCAGGACAUGAAUGCAAUGCUCGCCGAAGAGUCCAGACUACACACAACGGAAUUUAAUACAAAUUGUGCGUUGCAUGAGCUCUAUACCUAUGCUGUAAAGUAUAAUGAACAGCUAACUGUCACUCUGGAGGAAGAUGAAUUUUCGCAAAAACAGCGAUUGGCUUUCAAAUUAGAACAAGUUCACAAUAUAAUGUCGGCUGAAUAAGUGUAUGUAUACUACUAUUAUUUUGUUACCAUUUAAGUGAAAAUUAAAAAAAAAACUCGUAAUGGAGAGCAAAAUAUGGUAUUAAAUGUUUUUAUGUAUUAUCAUCAUCCCAAAUAGAAUUUAGCAGCAAAUGCCAUUUCUCUAUAUCAAAAUCUCAUGCAAAUAUAUAUACAUAUUUCAAUUUCAAUGUGCACCGCAAAUAUGUAUUCCACAUGACGAGUAUAUACAAAUAACAUAACAUAAGUUAUUGAUUAUUUCAAAAUUUAAAUAUUUUUGUGUAUUUUAUAAUGCAGGAUAUUUCAAGAUACAAAAUAACAAUAAUUUAACUGUCAUUUAGUAAAAAAGCAUUAUAGUAAAAACUAAAAUAUUAAACGCGAACGAAAAUCUUGCAACAUUCAUUGAAAAUUUUCAAAAAGCAUUCCAUUGAUAAAUCACACUAUACAUACAUACGCUACUUUUUGUUUUAUGGGUAUUUUUUUUUAUAUGUGUCUGUAUGUAUUUAUACAAAUGUAUAUUUAUGUGUAUGUACUACAUGUAAGUAAUAAUAUUACUGGCUAAGAAUCAUUAUUACAUAUACAUAACCUAUAACUUAAUCCAAAAACUCGAAAAUCGACUGAAUAUAACAUUGAUAUUUUAAUUUAAAGUUUAUAAAUCGAUGUAUGCUGUAUUUAAAAUGUAAUUUAUUAUUGUGAAUUUGUUAAGAUUUUUUGGUUAAUAAUUGCUACUUAAAAACUACAAUGUCAUAUACAUGACAACACUCAAAUGAUUGGGAUUUUUUUGUCAUUCUUUCAAUUUGGGUCUUUGAAUACUAUGUUACCUGGUAACCUUGCAAACCUGUAUAAAAGCGUAACAACUUACUAAUAUAAUCGAAUCGUUACGCCACCCAAGUAACGAAUUCUAAAGUAACGCUUCGACUCAAAUACAACUAUAUACAUAAAUAAGACUAGAGAGCCUAAGUAAAUUUGUAGCAGCGUCAAAAUCCGAAUAUGGUCUGAUAUAUCUGAUACGGAAUGGAAAACACUGCUGAAAAAGCCAUACCAUUUUAAAUGUAAUUUUAUUUUAUAUACAAUUGAGCAUUAUUUUUCAUUCUUAUAUGAAAUACAAAUUUUUCGCUAAAAUACUUGGUAAUAUCUUGUAUUUUAAUUAUUUAUUUUUAACGCCUAUUUAUAGCGUAUGUUUAAAUAAUCUAUUGUAUACAAAAGUGCAAUGGAAUAAAUGAUAUUUACCUUAUUACAAUUUGGUUUUUAUUAUUACAUUAAAAGCAAAUGAUUUUUAACGAUUUAAUUCAAUCACAUCUAUAAAUUUUUUUGUAACACUACUCUUUUACUUUGCAUAUUUUAUUUAUAUAUUUAAAGAUCUGUUCAAUUUAUAAUCAAUGAUCGAAUAUACUUCGUAUGAGUACAAGACAGUAUAAAUAGGUAUAAGUAUCUACAACGUAUUGCAAAAAAUGUUUUGUAUUAAUAGAUCAAAAAAUUAUUAUUAUUCAACAAAUUUAGUAAUAUUUAUCAGAUGGACUUGGAUAAGUUGAUCAUUUGUUUAUUCUUUCAUGUCAUCUAUAUGGUCAAGAGUAAUGGUUUUCCAACAAUACUCGGAGCUCUGUUGACAAGGGACUGCAUUUUAUAAUUGUUUUCCUUUUUCUCUUCUUAGAGUCAAUCGAAAUAAUAAUUUUAUAUUUUCAUAAUUAUGUUUAUAAAAAUUUAAAAUGGAAAAAAUAUUUGGUGACUUUACAACCGAUACACCAUGUUAUCAUAAACUGUACUAGUUUCAACCAUUUUUGGUAAUAUGCAAUGCAGCAUUGAUGUUAGAUUUAACCAUAUUUCCACAAUUCAGUUGACUGAUUUUUAGGUUAAUAAUUUUUUUAUUCUUUACCUAUAAUGGUCCUCUUUUUUAAUUGAUUAAUUAUCUAUGUUUUAUUUGCGAAAUAAUUUUAGAUCCAAAAUUUGGUAUGGGGGCUCCUGAAUUCACAAAGCAGAGCAAGUUUUUAUUUUUACUUUGGAUACUGUAAGACCUACGUCCACACUUCAUAAAAAUCCAAUCUAUCUGAAGUAAAUUCAGUUUUUUCUGGUAUAGAAUCUAUAUUGUAAAUUGUAUAGUAUAUUUAUAUACUCAAUUAAUUACAAAAUUUGACUAUAAGAACAAUAUAUAUAUUUUUAAUAAGUUUUCAUAGUGCUGCCCAAGCAAAUAUGUACGUUUACAGUACACAUAUAGUACACUAAUUUGAUGUGUGGAAAUGCAUGAAAACAGAUUAAGAUUAAAAAGUAAUGAGUACACAGUAUUUCUAAGCGAGUGGCAUCGAUUAAUACAAUUUUAUUUGUGUUAUAGUUAACUUCUGUUAGCAGAAUUCAAUAAUAACUCAUUAAUGCACUUUCACUGUGUGGGUCAUCAUUGAAAUAAUUACAAUAAAAAAAUUACUAAUUUUGUUAAUCGAUAAUAAAAUAAAAAAAAUAUACUAUAAUUUUUUAGAAAAUAUAAAAUAAAUAAAAUCCCCACCAAACAUAAAUACGAUUGUGUGUAAACAUUUAUAAAACUAACGUAAGGUUAAUUUUAAUAAUUGUAUUUAAAAAAGAACAUCUCAAUCGUGCGCUUUAAUAAUUAAUUAUGUUUUUCAUUAAUAAUAAGAUUUCGUGUCGUGUACUGUAUCCUAAGACUGAAAACACACUUAUUACAGUCAUUAGCAUAGUUUCUCGUAUAAUAUUGCGAAUUGAUUUUUUGUUGUGUCGUAUAUGUAUAUAGAUUUGUACAAUUGAACCACCGACUUAAACCGGAAAUAUGUAUGCCAUUGUGUGGUCGAUGGUUCUAAAUAUAGCAUACUGCGCUAUUUACAUCAGUCAUUAGGCAUCUUAAUUUGAGAUAUUUUGCAAACUACUCGGUCAAAUUGAACAUAAAUUUAAUUAAAGGAAUAAAUAAAUGUAAAAUCAACUAUAUAUGUAUGUAUGUAAGUAUGCCUAUACCUCGAUUAACGGCCGAGAUUAAUAAGGUAAUAAGGUAGCGCUGCUGGACUAAAAGUCGUUAAGUAGAGCAACAAGUUUUCUGUGCACAAUGCAUCGUCAUUAGUAAUUUUUAACUUUUUAAAUGCCAUAAUUCGAGUCAAAUGACAUUAGGCGGCGCUAGCGUUAAGCGAGAUAUAUAGUAUGGGUGUACUCAAAAAAAAUUUGUGAGAAAACUGUUCGCAUUGCUCAAAUGCAUUAGUCUAAGAAUCGAAUAACAUGAUUUUUUUUUAUUUAUAUUUGGAUUUUUUUCAGUAUUUUAAUUACAAAUUGUAAAAACUAUUAAUAUCAGAUAAAAAAUCUACAUAUAGAAAAAUGAAAAAAAACAAAACAUUUAUGGUUGUGCGUAAGAAUCUGUAGUCCAUAAUAAUAUGUAAAUUAAUGUCUAUCAAAUGUAGCAAUUGAACUACUGUAAGGUAUAAAUAAAUCUGAUAAAUAACUAGCCAUCAAAAAUGUAAUAACAAACUGAAACAAACUAAUUAAAGCUUCUGACACAAUCAACAUAUCUGUUAGACAACAAUAUUUUUUUGUUCAUUAACCUUUAAUUUUUUUCGUAUAUUUAAAAAAAAGAGGCUUUCUAUGCAAAUUAACAAAAGAAUCGCAAUACUCACCAACUUAUUGGUUUUGGCGAUGAGAUUAAAAUAAAUAAAAAUAUGGUUAAUGUCAGAAGUGUAUGUAUUUACUUGAGUGUCUAUUUACUAUAUGUAAGAAACUAUUUGUAAGCGAAAUAUUAUUCUGUUUUCUAGCCACUAUUAUAAUCAAAUUUAAUUCAAGAGUAAACUAAGAGACAGCUAGUAACAAGUAUUAACUUACAACUGGUAAAAACAGGACAACAAAACGAAAAAUUUAUAAUUACAUUGUAACAACCAUCAAGGUAUGAUUAUUUUAUUUGCAUAUAUGUGUGUCUGUCUGUGCGUGUAAAGUAUUUUAAAAAUAUAUUAAUAAUAUUGUGGAAAAUUGUACUUUGCCAUUUUCUUAAUCUCAUUUGAGAUUGUUAGCACCAUUAAGAGCUCGGGGACCUCAUUUCUUGUUUCCUGUGCACAUAACCGACCUAUAACACGGAGUAUCUUGUAGUAGACCAUUAUUACUCAUUAGAGAAGGAGGGUUAGAUCAUCCCGUAAUAAAAUGCGUAGAGAACGGAACUGUGAAGGAUGACAAUGCCCUUUAUUCCUUGUUUCUCUGAUGUUGGAAUAUCAGUUAAUGUGUUUAGUGAAGCAACACAUUAUUCAGAAUGUAUACAACCUACACCUACAAACAAAUCUGAAGAAUGGAAAUCAUUAGUAUAAAGAAGGAAGACCUCGUAGACGUCGCAUAGAAUGGGGAGCUGGCAUAUUUUACAUGAAUAUUUUUUUCAGAAUUCACCAUUGAAGUGCUAAAAGGUAAAGGUGAAAACUAGACUAUACUCUCCAUCUAUUAGGGAUUGGAAUGCAUUCAUCGAAGGAUCGAUUAAAGGCUCCGUAGACCUGAAUAUUGCACAGGAUAUAUAAUAAAUUUAAAUCAAUUUAUAUGAGAUUUAUUGAUUAACCAUCACCCAAAGCAAAUAAUUAUCGUGACGUUGUUAUGUCAUAUGUACAUACAUAAUUUAAUUUAUUAUUUUCUCAUAUACACUAAAUUGUUACAUUUAUUGUUAUCUACAUACAUACAUAUAAAUUCGAACCAUAGAUAAAAGUAAAGUAAGUAAAUAUUGGUUUUAUAAUCUACUAUUUGUCUUAAUUGUAUUGCUUAUUAUAGAGACGCUCUGAAUGACUUUUUAUUGGCUAUGUUGGAAUUGUAAACAAAAUGUCGAUGCAAUUUUAUUCGUUUAUUUUUAUUUUUACAGUUUUGUAAUGUUUCUUAAAAAUAUUUUUGAGUAAAUACGUGCUUGGUCUGUGCUCAUAUUAUUGGCGUAAAUAAAAAUGGGAUACAUUCUAGAAAUAAAUUAUACAUGCGGUUUAACAACGAUGUAGAUUUGUAUGUACAUAGAUCUUUCUUUAUUUUUACCAGUUCCAUCCAAGAAAUCAAUGCCUUCGCCUUUUUUGGCAUGACAUUAUUUAAGAUGAGUCAGUAUAACUAAGUACUGAGCACAAGUUAUCAUGAAGUCAAGCAUUAUAUUAUAUAUAGUCUAUAAUGACUAUAUGACUUCAUGAGUAUAUAAUAAUUUUGUCAAUUGCUCAUUUCUUAAUUUUUUUAAAUAAAAUAAUGAAUUUAUGUUGAUCUUUAUAUAAUCUUACACAUGUUAUUUUUGUCUUGACCAGACCUUGGAUUUUAGUUAUAAGUGUUUAGAUUACAUAUUAUUUAAGAUGAGGGUCAAAUUUGAUUCGUUACAACAAAUUUGUUAAUGCACUCAAUGUCUCAUUAUGUGUAAUAUGUUUAAAAUCGAUGAAACUGAUUGUCUAUUUGUCAGAAACCAAAUACAAAAUGAAAAUAAUAGAUUUCUGUUCUUAUUUAAUUUUUCUUCCCCAAUAUAACCUAACCUCAUUGACUUCGUUAAAUGGUGAUCUAAAAAUAUAGAAAAUUUGUCAAGAUAUGCCAACAUUUCCAAUUAAAACUUAAAUUAUAUGCAUACAUCGGCUACAUAAAAUUCGUUUUUAGGAAGAAUAUAAAUUUAGCAUUACCAAAAUCUUUAUGGUCCUGGGCAAGAUAUCUAAAUUCGUAUGUGUAAAGUACACGUAUCAAAUAUAUAGAUCCCAAGUUUCUAGGCAAUACUUUUCAUAUGUGAAUAUAUACGAAAAUGUGAAUGGUGCAUGUACAUACAUUUAAAGUUAAAGACUGAGAAUUUGGUAACAUAACAACAACCACAUUUGAUGUAAAUGGUUGUUAAUAAAACCAAAUUGAAAAUGUAUUUUUAAUGAGUGUUUAUAGUAAUAAUAGUGUAAAGUUACUCAUUAGGUGUAUUGUAAAAUUUAUAAGUCCAAAACACAAAGUUUUCUUAUUUUUCUAUUUAUUUUUUGGACACGCUAAUCAAAUUGACACAAUUUCCCUUUUGGUUUUUGGAUAAAGAAAUAAAAAUAUGCUUUGAAAAGUGAAUGAACUUAUUUUUUAAAUUCUUUAGAUAUGUUGUAUGCUCAUAUACAUACACACAUAUAUAUGUACAUAUAUAUAUUGUGUUUUGAAUACAGAAAAUAAAUAAACAAGUAAGAAAGCUAUAGUCGAGAGACUGUGAGAUUCCCGCUAUUCAUUUCGAAUAAAAGCAAACCAGUGCGGUAUUAUUAUUAAAAUAUUUGAAAUAAAUAUACCACAAAAUACUAAUAUAUACCGAAGGCAAUAAUUGGUAUAUUGAUAUAGUGAUAUAUUCGAAAUAUACUGUAGAGUACAAAAUAUACAAAAUGAUUAGACAAAGCUAAAUUUUCAGGAAUCACAAAGUCUGUAGUUUGAUUGUAUGUACCAAAACUCGCGAUUAUCGCCUUAAGCUUUUUUUUCAAUAGAAACAUAAUAAGUUCUAUCGAAAAUUUAUAUUUCUAUCUUUCAUUGUCUCUGAGAUCAAGGAGUUCAUACGGACAGACAGACAUGACUAUGUCGCUUUGGCUGUUGACGCUGAUGAAGAAUAUAUAUACUUUAAAGGGUCGAAGAUUCCUCCUUCUGCCUGUUACAUACAUUUCCUGGAGCCCCAAUGCUAUGAGUGGCGAGUAUAAAAACGGAAAUUACGAUGACAAAAAUAAAAAAUUCAUACUGAAUGCGUUCGUUAAUUAACCAUUUAUUAUUAAAGAUAAGAAUGAACUGAUGACGAUUAUUUGGAAUUAUUUGGGAAGGACUUGUUGCAUGGGCUUAAUACAUACACGAGUGUGAAUCAGAUGGCACUGAUCUAAUUGUAAUAGGUGGUAAACUAUUUUGAUUGAUUGACUUUUCAGUCAACUUAAUGUACACCAAAGAUGAAUCUAUUUCGUCGGGUUCGGUUACUUCUGGUCUGUCCAUAAACAGAGAUGACGUGGGCUUCAGCGAAUGUGAUUUCUGCUCAUAGUGGGUAUCAGAAACUGCAGCAGCUGUCGCUUUCGAAAGCAAAUCCGUGCGUAUUCUAAAGAUUGAAGAUCACUGAAGGCGUGGCCAAUAACUGCUGCCAGUUAAA